ACAGGGUCCAGGUUGAGAGGGCAGGGUCACCUGUACCCAGCUGUCUGUCUAUGAAGAGUGAUUGUUCAAUGAAUCUACCGGACACUUUCAGUGGAGAGUUCACAGGUGAUCAAAGGGUCCAGGUUGAGAGGGCAGGGUCACCUGUACCCAGCUGUCUGUCUAUGAAGAGUGCUCAUUCAAUGAAUCUACCGGACACUUUCAGAGGAGAGUUCACAGGUGAUCAAAGGGUCCAGGUUGAGAGGGCAGGGUCACCUGUACCCAGCUGUCUGUCUAUGAAGAGUGCUCAUUCAAUGAAUCUACCGGACACUUUCAGAGGAGAGUUCACAGGUGAUCAAAGGAUCCACUGCUCACAGGUGUCUAGCCAUAUUGAAGAGAGGAGUUCAGAGAAACUGUUCUCAAAACAGCAAACCAGUGGCCUUGUGAAGCAGAAGAAUCUCACUGACUCACUGGAGAGAGAUGAGCAGCACAAUGAAUCUAUAGAAAAAGCCCAGCAGGCACUGAAAACUGCUCUGAAGAAGAAGUUUGAAUGCAUAUUUGAAGGUUUAGCAAAGCAGGGCCACCCAACCCUCCUCAAUGAGAUAUAUACAGAGCUCUACAUCAUCAAGGGGGGAAGUUGGGGGAUCAAUAAUGAACACGAGGUCAGACAGAUUGAGACAGCAUCCAAGAGACAAACCACACAGGAGACUGCAAUCCUCUGCAAUGACAUCUUUAAGCCUUUACCUGGACAAAAGAAACCCAUCAGAACUGUGCUUACAAAGGGCAUCGCUGGCAUUGGGAAAACCGUCUCUGUGCAGAAGUUCAUUCUGGACUGGGCAGAAGGAAAAGCCAAUCAGGAUGUUGAUUUCAUCUUCACUCUUCCUUUCCGAGAUCUGAAUCUGAAAAGGGAGAGAGAAUUCAGUCUGAUGCAACUUCUGCAGCAUUAUUUUCCACAACUGAAAGAGAUCAAAAGUAUUGAAGGUGAUAAAGUCAAAGUUGUGUUCAUCUUUGAUGGUCUGGAUGAGUGUCGACUUCCUCUACAUUUCCAAAGCAAUAAGAUCUGCUGUGAUAUAACAGAGUCAUCAUCAGUGGAUGUGCUGCUGACCAACCUCAUUAAGGGGAAUCUUCUUCCCUCUGCUCUCCUCUGGAUCACCUCCCGACCAGCAGCAGCCAAUCAGAUCCCCCCUGAGUGUGUCCACCUGGUGACAGAGUUACGAGGGUUCAACGAUCCACAGAAGGAGGAGUACUUCAGAAAGAGAAUCAGAGAUCAGAAAAAGGCCAGCAGAAUUAUCUCACACGUAAAGUCAUCCAGGAGUCUCUACAUCAUGUGCCACAUACCAGUCUUCUGUUGGAUUUCUGCUACUGUUCUGGAGACAAUGUUGGAUGAAACAAAAAGUGAAGAUUUACCCAAAACUCUGACUGAAAUGUACACACACUUCCUGCUCAUUCAGACUAAUGUGAAGAAUCAGAAGUAUCAUGGCACCAAUGAGACAACCUCAAAGAAAGUGUCAGAGUCAGAUACAGAAAUCCUCCUGAAACUGGGGCAGCUGGCUUUUCUACAGCUAGAAAAGGGCAAUCUGAUAUUCUAUGAAGAGGACCUGAGAGAGAGUGGCAUUGACGUCAGUGAAGCUUCAGUGUACUCUGGGGUGUGCACAGAGAUCUUUAAAGAGGAGUGUGGGUUGGGUCAGGAGAAAGUCUACUGCUUUGUGCAUCUGAGCAUUCAGGAGUAUCUGGCUGCCUUGUUUGUGUUUCAUUCAUGUGUAAAUGAGAACAGAAAUGUACUCAGAGCAGAAGAAUUAAAACCUCACAGUGACAUAGUGCAGCUGUCUGAGUUACACAGGAAUGCAGUGGAUCAGGCCUUGAAGAGUAAGAAUGGACACCUGGACCUUUUCCUCCGAUUCCUUCUCGGCCUCUCUCUGGACCCCAUUCAGAAUCUCUUAGGAGGAAUACUGACACAGACAGGAAGCAGAUCACUAAUACCAGACCCACAGACACAGACAGGAAGCAGAUCACCUGUACCAGACCCACAGACACAGACAGGAAGCAGAUCACCUGUACCAGACCCACAGACACAGACAGGAAGUAGAUCACCUGUCCCAGAACCACUGACGCAGACAGGAAGCAGAUCAAAGAGCACUGAGGAAACAAUCCAGUAUAUUAAGGAGAUAAUCAGAUGGAGAUCUUCUGCAGAGAGGGUCAUCAAUCUGUUCUACUGUCUCAAUGAACUGCAUGACAACUCUCUAGUGGAGGAAAUCCAAAAUUCCCUGAGAUCAGGAAAACUUUCAGAUAAAGAGCUGGAACCACACCAAUGUUCAGCUCUGGCCUUUGUGUUAUGGAUGUCAGAGGAGAUCCUGGAUGAGUUUGACUCGAGGACCUACAACACAUCAGCAGCAGGUCACGAGAGACUGGUACCUGUAGUCAGGCACUGCAGAAAGGCCAUACUGAACAGCUGUGACCUCUCAGAGAAGUCCUGUGAAAUUGUGGCCUCAGCUCUCCAGUCAUCAAACUCACCCCUGAGAGAUCUGGACCUCAGCUACACUAACCUGGGAGAUUCAGGAGUGGAGCUGCUCUGUGCUGGACUGAUGAAUCCAAACUGUGAACUACAGAGACUGGGACUGAACAGCUGUGAUGUCACAGAGAAGUCCUGUGAAAUUGUGGCCUCAGCUCUCCAGUCAUCAAACUCACCCCUGAAAGAUCUGGACCUCAGCUACAAUAACCUGGGAGAUUCAGGAGUGAAGCUACUCUGUGCUGGACUGAUGAGUCCAAACUGUAAACUACAGAGACUGGACCUCAGCUACAAUAACCUGGGAGAUUCAGGAGUGAAGCUGCUCUGUGCUGGACUGAUGAGUCCAAACUGUAAACUACAGAGACUGGGGUGAGUAGUGCUGUGUACUGUGUGACCAUAACUAAACUGAAUUAGUGAUUAUGGCUUUAUGCAGUGAAAUAUAAAAAGUGCUUUCUCUCUAUUUACUCAUAUGUCCACCAGUAUUCUUUUUUGUCCACAUUAUUUUCAUCCCUCUCUUCUAACAGCUCUUGCACAACAGAGAAAAGCAGGAUAAAAUCCUCAUGAGUAUUAGGGUUGGCAGGUUUGUGGUUCCUGACCAGAAUGUAAGGUUUCAGUCGAGUCUGUAAUAUCAGGUCACAGGUGAUGACUGGAUGCUGAAUGUAUGAUUGAUAUGGUAAAACAUUGACCACUUGUACAGUAAUAUGUUUCAGGUCUGUCAUAGCAUGACAUAACGUAACGUAACAUAAUGACAAGAAUAGGCCAUUAAGCCCAACAUGCUCACCCUUUUCCUUCCACUGAAGUGUACCUAGUGCUCAGUUUACCUACAAAAUAGCACUGUAUCAAGCCUGGUUUUAAAAACCUUUUCUGUCUCUACUGCAUGACCUGACAAGCUAUUCCACGCAGUGACUACUCUCUAAUUUCAAUGUAUGUCCCCUCAUUCUACUAACAGAACUCAACCUGAAUCGCUUUUAUGAAUUUAAAAGCCUCAAUCA